AAUCGUGAGCGUCGCCGAAGCCAGCGAGUGUGUGGAUGGAUGUGAAUUGGAGCCAUGGCUGACGCAGACCCGAGUUCCUUUGCUGCUCCUGAUGCUUGUCGCGCUCACCAUCUCUACUUGCGCUGCCGAGUGGACUUCGAGAGCCGAUCGCUACGGGGCACCGCGGCCCUCACCGUGCGGUUGGAACGCGACAACCUGCGUUCCCUGGUUUUGGACACCAAAGACCUAACAAUACAGAAAGUGGUUGUAAACAACCAAGUGGCUCAGUUUGUUCUUGGACAACAACACAGCUUCAAAGGAGCACCACUUGAAAUCACAUUACCUUUCCAGUUGAGGAAGGGCCAAGAUAUGAUUGUGGAGAUUUCCUUUGAAACUUCUCCAAGGUCUUCAGCACUCCAGUGGUUUACUCCAGAGCAGACAUCAGGGAAAAGGCAUCCAUUUCUUUUUAGUCAGUGCCAGGCUACUCAUUGCAGAGCUCUUCUCCCCUGCCAAGAUACUCCCUCUGUGAAGUUUACAUAUUAUGCGGAGAUAUCUGUUCCAAGUGAAUUGGUGGCUCUUAUGAGUGCCAAGAGAAAUGGAGACUUGCCUGAUCCAGAAGACCAAACUAGGAAGAUAUACCGUUUCAUUCAAAAUGUUCCAAUACCCAGUUACCUGAUUGCCUUAGUAGUUGGUGCCUUGGAAAGCAGAGUAAUCGGCCCUAGAACUUUGGUGUGGGCUGAAAAGGAACUGGUGGACAAAUCAGCUUAUGAAUUUGCUGAGGCUGAAGCCAUGCUGAAAACAGCAGAAGAUCUGGCAGGACCUUAUGUGUGGGGUCAAUAUGACUUGCUGGUGUUGCCACCAUCAUUUCCAUAUGGUGGUAUGGAGAAUCCCUGCCUCACUUUUGUAACUCCUACCUUAUUGGCUGGUGACAGGUCAUUAUCCAAUGUUAUUGCACAUGAAAUUUCUCACAGCUGGACAGGGAAUUUGGUAACAAACAAGACUUGGGAACACUUUUGGCUAAAUGAGGGGCAUACCGUUUAUCUAGAACGCAGAAUUGGUGGCCAGCUGUUUGGAGAACAAUUCAGGCAUUUCCAGGCUCUGGGAGGCUGGCGAGAGUUACAAAAUACAAUUAACACCCUUGGAAGCACAAAUCAAGUGACUAACUUGAUCCCUAGUCUGAAGGAGGUAGACCCCGAUGUUGCAUAUUCUUCUGUUCCAUAUGAGAAAGGUUUUGCUCUACUGCUUUAUCUGGAGCAGCUCCUUGGUGGACCAGAUAUCUUCAUUGGCUUCUUGAGGGCAUAUAUCCAACAGUUUGCAUACAAGAGUAUAGUGACGGAAGACUGGAAGAAUUUCCUCUACUCCUAUUUCAAGGAUAAGGUUGAUGUUCUUAACAAAGUUGACUGGAAUGCAUGGAUGCACUCUCCUGGCAUGCCACCAGUAAAACCUGAGUAUGAUACUACACUGUCAAAUACUUGUGUUGCCUUGAGCCAAAGAUGGAUCAAAGCUACUGAAAGUGAUCUUGGCUCUUUCAGCUCAGCUGAUAUAAAAGAGAUGUCUUCUCACCAACUGAUUGAGUUCCUCGCACUCUUGCUGUUGGAGAAUCCUCUUCCAGUGAACCAUGUGAGACGAAUGCAGGAAAUCUAUGACUUCAAUGCAACAAAUAAUUCAGAAAUCAGAUUCAGGUGGCUCCGCCUCUGCAUUCAAGCCAAGUGGGAAGAUGCUAUUCCUCUAGCUCUGGAAAUGGCCACACAGCAAGGCCGCAUGAAGUUCACUCGCCCGCUAUUCAAGGAUCUCUAUAAAUUUGAAAAAUCACGUGACCAAGCCAUCAGAACUUUCCAGCAGCACAAAAUGUCUAUGCAUCCUGUGACUGCAAUGUUGGUAACCAAAGAUCUGGGCCUGGAGGGACAAACAGCCUAACUUCCGCAGAUUUCAUUGUGCUGACCUUGUAUAAGAGAACUUUGCUCUUCUUUUCUACCCUCUUACCAAAAAAAUACAAAUAAAUAAAAUCAUGGUAGAUCACA